UACAGCUGAAAAGUGUGGCAUCGAUCUUUAUUUUUUAUUAAAACCCACAUAACUUGCCGCUGCUAGUAAACCCCAGUGUGUAAAAGCCUGUAAACGACUCUAAUAUAAGUUAUACUAUGCAAGCUUUAUGCGAAAGACUCAACUCAAAAGUUAUCAAGGAGAAAUUGAUAUUGGGUCAUUCUUAUGAUAAUUAUCCUCUAGACCAAUUAAGUGAUUCGAAGAACAAAUUUAUUUUUUUUGACAACUAAAAUAAUAAUUUUUCCAUACAUUUAAAGUUGGAGUGUUUUUCAUGUAGUUAUAAAGGACUAAAUGAUCGAUUUUCUGACCUAGCUAUUGGUACAAUGAACUGAGAAUAUUCCAAGCCUCAGACUGCACACAAACUGUUUGAUGAUUUGUUUCAAAGAGCCCUCACAUUCAAAUAGUACCUCUUAAUUGUUCUUUAUCUGUUCGUGAUCAAUAAAAUCUUGAAGUGCGUUCAGUUAACUGUAUCAUUUGAUCUUUACCUACAGGUGGAAGCUGGUACCCUACCUGCUUUACCACAUUGAAGACGAAUUGUCCAUUGUCUUUGAAGUUUGUGGAAGAUGCUUAUGAAACGUCUCUUUUCAUCUUCACAUGUCUUUUCCUCGUCUUCCGCUUCUUCGAAUUUGCUUAAAAUCGGAAGCGUUUUGAAGCAAGCUAGGACAUUUACAGAUGAUGAUGUUCUUGGGUAUUCUAAGCUGACCCAUGACGCCAAUCCAUUGCACUUUGAUGCUGAAUGCGCCAAGAAUGCUGGUUUCACUGACUGCCUUGUUCCUGGGAUGCUUGUUGCUUCCUUAUUUCCCAGGAUUAUUGCUGCCCAUUUUCCAGGAGCUAUCUAUGUUUCACAAACCUUGCACUUCAAAUUACCUGUUUAUAUAGGAGACGAGAUCAUUGCUGAGGUACAGGCAGUAAGCAUCAGACAAAUCAAAAACAAGUACAUCGCAAAGCUGUCAACAAAAUGUAUCAAACGUGAUGGUCCUCUGGUUAUAGAUGGUGAAGCAACAGCAAUGUUACCAUCUCUGGUCAUGGAACCACCAAACUUGGAAAUUACUUCCAGCUAAUCGGUAACACCUUUGCUUGUCAGUUAAAACAUUCUAGAGCUGCACGAGCUUCUCUUAAGAGAAAUACGAAGGGAAUUUCCCUGCAUAUUGCCAAUCCUGGAUCAUUUGCAUCAACAAGUUCUACAGCAUAGAUGUCAUUCAGUUCAAAGUCUUUAAAGUUUUCGUAGUGAUUAGCAAAUGCUCAUACUUUGUUCUUACUGAUCGAUGUUAGAUUUGACUCUGCUACUUGCUGCCAAACAAUGUCCUUGCACUAAAACUGUCAUUUGAGCAUAAAAUCUUUAUGGAGUCUUGAAUUUCGAUUCCUUUUGACUCCACCAAUAGAGAUAUAUUCUGCGUA